AUGACUACUGUCAGCUCCGAUCUACGCUGCCGUCAAGAGCUGUGGGCGUGGACGAGCGUUCAAAAAAAAAGCCCGAAACCCGUUCUGAAUGUUGCCACGGUUCGAAGCCGACCUGCGUUCUCGCCCAGACCGCGGCUUGCGGUUGCCGCUGUCUUUUCACACACGUUUAAGCCGCGAGUAAUCACGUAUCUCGUACCCGUCGGCGCACACGAGACGCCGGGCGUGCUUUUAUCGGCCACCGUCACGCCUAAAACUCGAAAACGGAGCGCGCAUAUAGAAACGCUUAUCUGGCGCCGUUUCGCUCUCCAAAGGGAAAAGAGAAAAGGACAAAAAGCACUCGCCCCGAUCGCGAUAAGGCCACAACUGUCGCACGCGAGUGCCGCGGAACAACACUCGACGUUCCUU